GGGCGCCCUGGCCACCGCCCGCUCGCAGCUGCCAGCUCGCAGGAGCCGCUGAGCCUGUGAGAGCGCAGGCCAGGCCGCUGCUCGGCGUCUGCGCAGCUCGGUCCACCGUCCGUCACCAUGGGGGCGUCGGGGAGGCUGCUGCGCGCCGUGAUCAUGGGGGCCCCGGGUUCCGGCAAGGGCACCGUGUCGUCGCGUAUCACCAAACACUUCGAGCUGAAGCACCUCUCCAGCGGGGACCUGCUCCGCCAGAACAUGCUGCAGGGCACAGAAAUUGGUGUGUUGGCCAAGACUUUCAUUGACCAAGGGAAACUCAUCCCGGAUGAUGUCAUGACACGGCUGGCCCUUCACGAGCUGAAAAACCUCACCCAGUGUAGCUGGUUGUUGGACGGUUUUCCAAGGACGCUUCCACAGGCAGAAGCCCUGGAUAAAGCUUACCAGAUAGACACAGUGAUCAACCUCAACGUGCCCUUUGAGGUCAUUAAACAACGCCUCACUGCUCGCUGGAUUCAUCCUGCCAGUGGCCGAGUGUACAACAUUGAAUUCAACCCUCCCAAAACUGUGGGCAUUGAUGACCUGACAGGAGAGCCUCUGAUUCAGCGCGAGGACGACAAACCAGAGACGGUGAUCAAGAGACUAAAGGCGUAUGAAGCCCAGACAGAGCCAGUCCUGCAGUAUUACCAGAAAAAGGGGGUCCUGGAAACAUUCUCUGGAACGGAAACCAACAAGAUCUGGCCCCAUGUAUAUUCUUUCCUACAGACGAAAGUUCCAGAAACUACCCAGAAAGCCUCUGUUACUCCCUGAGGAGGGCGUUAAUUAGCAGGGGAAGCGGGGCCUCCUCGCCUCGCCUGUUUUUCGAAGCUCUUUUCCUAAGACUUCUCUGAAAAUUAUGACUUACUCCUAAUGGCUUUCUUUUGGAUGUUACUAAGGCCGUGCCAAAUGAGUCAGACACUAAGGCUGAUCUGAUAAAAUAACCUUGUGUGUUUAAUCUAGUUGUCUUCUGUGGAUGUGCAAUUAGAAAACAUCAGAGAUGCUGAAACU